AUGAGGUCGCAGUAUUGGCAUUGCCUCCUGGCCGUUCUCAUCCUUCCAACUCUCACUGUCGCCACUAUCCCACAAAUCAAAAAUGUCUUCCAAAUCGACUACCGCAAAGCCUCUCAAUACAAGAGCUCUUGUGUUCCACACGUCAACAAAUUUGGUACAAUGUGGCUCCAGAUGCACGAAAUGACAGCAAACGCCAUUGAUGCCCUGAGCCCGAAGAAGUAUAACGAUCCCAAGGAGGCUCGCACACGCACGCUCCUGUACUCAUUCUUCGGCAUCGCUCCAAAGGAGAAGCCAGACUCGAAUGGGUACGAGUACAGCAUUAACGAGAUUACAAGAAUGCAGCAGCAAGGUAGAGGCGAGCCGGAGAACACCUAUAAUCGGAAGCUGUCCGCAGUAAGGACACAAUACCAAGAAGCUCAACGUUUUCUCACAUAUGAGCAGCGAGACGGUCCCGACAAGCCCAGAAUACUGUGCGAUUCCACCUUCCUCAGCCUGCAACGCGCAGAUGAUGAAGUCAAAGAUGUAGAUGGCAAAGCAAUCCCCAAAGACCCCAAUCGUCCAGCUGGUGAAAAAUGGAAACUGGAGGAAUGGGAGCAAACAAAAUGUCGUCGAAACUUCGAAACCAACUGGUACUUCUGGUACACUUUCAACGCCGAGCAAGGCUACUUCGUCCUCCCCAAAUUCGAUUUCCCAGCUAAACCAAAGAUCAACACCCCGUGGGAUCUCGAUCCACGAACCAAGAAACCAUCAGCUUGCCACGAAAACGACGCAGGCUGGGUCUUCUCCCCCCUGGAAAAACCUACCCCAAUCCCCCGUGACGACAAAAGCGCCCCGUGGACCAGCGCACAAUGGGUGAUCCUCUGCCCAAGCAGCUGGCAAGGCAACACAAUGCUGAGACUUCCCGAAACCGCACCACCCGAAGGCGCAGAAAUCAACACUUUGGAUACCACAGCAAUGACCUUCUACCACGAACUCUGGCACCUGGUCGACGAAAAAACAUUAGAUUACCAUCGUGUUCUGCCAAUUCGCGGUAAAGACCUGACGUCCAAAAGCCAUUUCACUCGAGAUGGUAUACCCAUACGGGGAGGGAAAGAAGCAUUGACGCUGGGAAAAUGGGAGAAUGCGAAUCCGAUCACGAGGCUACACGAUGCACAGACGAUCAAGAGCGCUGAGAGCUUCGCUUGGUUUGGUCUUACUUUAAUGGCUCAAAAGAAGUACGACAGAGACUUCUCAACUGGUGUCUGCAGGAAAGACUCGCCUGAAGCAGUCGGGCAAAGUGGACCGAGCAGCAAGACGUCGCGCAACACCAAAACGACACGAAGCACCAAGUCGAGACGAAGCAUUCCGACCAUGGUAUAG